AACAAAAACCGUCAUCAUGAUAGGUUGAGAAAGCACUGCUGUUCCACGUCAGUGUGUUUACCAAGACAGACGGAUCCAAUAGGUGUUUUGUUUUCCUCUUAGUUAAGAUCGAAUUAAUAACUGCAUGGUAAAUGUAUGCAGUCAUGCAAUGAAAUGUCACCAAAGCGUACUUUUUCAGUCGGUUGUGGUGAAUUGAACGACUGGUCUUCUUCGGCUGCCAGCUUGCUAAGCUAGUUUCUCCCUUUCUGAGUGAGACUCCAUCUUUUGAGAAGCGGUCACACAAACAGAACUCAACAUGUUGGACAAAAGUAUCUACAUCAUCCAAGGGGAUAUCACUGCUGUUGUUGGGGCCAUCAAGAGGAACUCAAGAUGGAACACCCACACUCACUUGGAUGAAGAACAGGACCCCUUGUUGAACAGCUUUGGCCACUUGAAGGAAAUACUCAGUGGCAUAAAAGAGCUGUCAGACGUGGAACCCAAUGUCUUUUUAAGACCCUUUCUAGAGGUUGUGCGAUCUGAGGACACCACAGGACCAAUCACAGGUCUCGCCCUUACCUCUGUCAACAAGUUCCUGUCAUAUGGCCUAAUAGAUGCUAACAACGAAGGUGCAGCUGAGGCGAUCGAGAACAUGGCAGAUGCUGUAACACAUGCCAGGUUUGUCGGUACAGACCCUGGCAGCGAUGAAGUGGUCCUUAUGAAAAUUCUACAGGUCUUGAGGACACUGCUGCUGACCCCAGUUGGAGCCCAUCUGACCAAUGAAUCUGUUUGUGAGAUCAUGCAGUCCUGCUUCCGUAUCUGCUUUGAGAUGCGAUUAAGCGAGCUCUUGAGAAAGUCUGCUGAACAUACCCUGGUUGAUAUGGUGCAACUACUGUUCUCCAGAUUACCUCAAUUUAAGGAGGAGGCCAAGAGUUAUGCCGGUGCCAAUAUGAAGAAGUUGAAGAUGCGUGCAGGUGGAAUGAGUGAGUCGUCCAAGUGGAAAAAGCAGAAACGAUCACCACGAGCAACUCGCCACAUGGUCCGAAGUUCCUCCGGUCUGCUGGAGCUUCCUCAGUCCACAAACCUCAGUAACUCCAACAUAUCUGGUGGGGUUGCCUUCAUCGAGCAAGGCUGUUCAGUCCCAGCUUCAGACAGUGCUGGCUCGUCCAUCUCGAGUCCCACAGCUACAGACAGUGGCCUAGACUCCUGCUCCAAAACUACAUCUCGGGAAGACCUCUCUGAUCUGGACCAGUGCAGCUUGUCUACAAUUACCCCCAGUAAUGCUGACAUAGCACUCUGCACUGAAUCUGUUUCACCAAAUGCAAAGACUGAGUGUAGACCAGUUCAAUCAACAUCAGUAGAGUCCAUUCCAGAGGUUCUUGAGGAUAAAGACUCCAUUGCAGAAGCGUCAGAUAGCACCUCAGUCCAUGACAUGGACUACGUCAACCCCCAUGGUGUCCGUUUCACGCAGUCCACACAAAGAGAUGGAGCAUCUCUCAUCCCCUACGGUCUGCCAUGUCUAAGAGAGCUCUUCCGAUUUCUAAUCUCACUUACCAACCCUCAUGACCGCCACAACACUGACGCCAUGAUGCACAUGGGUCUGCAACUGCUAACUGUCGCACUGGAGUCUGCCCGCUUUGCCAAUUAUCAGUCAUUGCUAGGACUGGUCAAAGAUGAGCUUUGUCGGCAUCUUUUCCAGCUGCUGAAUGUUGACCGCAUGAACCUCUAUGCUUCAUCAAUACGAGUUUGCUUCUUGCUAUUUGAAAGCAUGAGAAUGCAUCUAAAAUUUCAACUCGAGAUGUAUUUGAAGAAACUGAUGGAUAUCAUCACAUCAGAGAAUAUGAAGAUGCCUUACGAGAUGAAAGAACUGGCUCUAGAGGCACUGGUUCAGCUGUGGCGAAUCCCCAGCUUUGUUACUGAGCUUUACAUCAACUAUGACUGUGACUUCUACUGCUCCAACCUCUUUGAAGAUCUCACGAAGCUACUGUCCAAGAAUGCAUUCCCGGUGUCAGGGCAGCUUUACACCACCCACCUCUUGUCACUCGAAGCUCUGUUGACUGUGAUUAACAGCACCGAGGCCCACUGCCAAGCCAAGGUGCUUGACAACACUUCUCGGCAAGAGCAGCAAGAUAAGCUGCCGACAGAAGAGGACAAAUCUCUGAAAAAUGGAACAGACGCUCCAACUGAUGUUGUUAAAGAAGGUGUUACCAAUGGUUUGACUUUUCCACAAGCUGGCAGUACUCCAGGCUGCCCACCAACCAGUGGACAUCUGAUGGCAGAGAAGAUGGCACUAGGUCGACAGGAUCAAGACAAUAACACCAUUGAGAAAAAAAAAAACCAAAAACCUCACAGGUUCUCCUCCUGUUCACCUGAUUCCCAAGAUUUGUUGGAUAUUAGAACAAAGAAAAAGCUGCUUAUCACAGGAACCGAGCAGUUCAAUCUGAAGCCAAAAAAAGGAAUUGAAUUCCUCCAGGAAAAAGGCCUUCUGAAUAAUCCACUGGACAACAACCAGGUGGCCCAGUGGCUUCGGGAAAACCCCCGAUUAGACAAAAAGAUGAUUGGGGAAUAUGUUAGUGAUCGGAAGAAUAUGGAGCUCCUGGACAGCUUUGUCAACACCUUUGCUUUUCAGGGACUUCGUAUUGAUGAGGCCCUGAGGCUUUACCUAGAGGCCUUCAGAUUACCUGGAGAAGCUCCCGUCAUCCAAAGGCUUUUGGAAACCUUCACAGACAACUGGCAUAAAGUGAAUGGCUCUCCCUUCAUGACCAAUGAUGCUGGAUUUGCUUUGGCCUACGCUGUUAUCAUGCUGAACACUGACCAGCAUAACCAUAAUGUCCGCAAGCAGAAUAUUCCUAUGACUAUCGAGCAAUUCAAGAAGAAUCUAAAAGGAGUGAAUGGAAACAAAGACUUUAAUCAGGACAUGUUGGAGGACAUCUAUAAUGCUAUCAAAAAUGAUGAGAUUGUGAUGCCUGACGAGCAGACUGGUUUAGUGAAGGAGAACUACGUGUGGAAUGUGCUGCUGCAUCGUGGUGCUACACCUGAGGGUGUGUUUCUUCACCUGCGACCUGGAAGCUAUGACCAUGAUUUAUUCACCAUGACCUGGGGGCCAACUAUCGCUGCCCUCUCCUAUGUUUUUGACAAGAGUCUGGAUGACAACAUCAUCCAGAAGGCAAUUACUGGCUUUAGGAAGUGUGCAAAGAUUGCGGCUCACUACGGAUUUAAUGACGUCUUCGACAAUUUGAUCAUCUCUCUGUGCAAGUUCACCACUCUAAGCAGUGAGUCAGUGGAAAACCUCCCCACUGUGUUUGGUAGCAACACGAAGGCGCAGACAGCAGCCAAGACGGUAUUUGAUCUUGCCCAUCAACAUGGCAACAUCCUGAGGGAAGGCUGGAAGAACAUCAUGGACUCCAUGCUGCAGCUGUUUCGGGCAGAGCUGCUACCCAAAGCCAUGGUGGAGGUAGAAGACUUCCUUGAGCCAAGCGGAAAGAUUUCUCUUCAAAGAGAGGAAACGCCUUCCAAUCGAGGGGAGUCAGCAGUAUUGAGUUUUGUCAACUGGUUGACGCUGAGUGGAGCUGAGCAGUCAGGACUCAGAGGACCAUCCAUGGAAAACCAGGAAGCCAAACAGGCUGCGAUCAACUGCAUCAAGCAAUGUGACCCAGAGAAGAUGAUCACAGAGAGCAAGUUCCUCCAACUGGAGUCUUUACAAGAACUAAUGAAGGCGUUGAUAUCAGUCACUCCUGAUGAAGAGACAUACAAUGAAGAAGAUGCUGCCUUCUGCUUAGAGAUGUUACUUCGUAUGGUGAUGGAGAACCGCGACCGUGUGUCAUGUGUGUGGCAGACAAUGCGUGAUCACCUCUGUCACCUCUGUGUACAUGCCAAUGAGAGCUGUUUCUUGGUGGAGAGAGCUGUGGUGGGACUCCUUCGACUUGCCAUCCGCUUGCUACGACGAGAAGAUAUCAGUUCCCAGGUGCUCCUCUCCCUGCGUCUCCUGCUUAUGAUGAAGCCGCAUGUUUUAUUCCGGGUCAGCAGGGAGGUGGCUUAUGGCCUUCACGAGCUGCUGAAGACCAAUGCAGCCAACAUCCACAGCACAGACCAUUGGUACACACUAUUCUCACUAAUAGAAUGCAUUGGUGCUGGAGUGCAACCACCUGCCGCGUUUCAGUUUACCUCUGCCAGCGCUGACAUGGAAACAGGUGCUCAGUCCGACAGUGAACUGCCAUCCCACCAACCGAGUCAAGUGAGUUUAGAUCGUGGGUACACGUCCGACUCAGAGGUUUACACAGAACACAGCAAGACACGAAUACCUCGCUCCACUACAGAUGUUGAUGUAGCAAGUAGUGGUUGGCUGGUGGUUGGAAAAGAUGACCUAGAAAGCAACAAAAGUCCACCAGUCAACUCCAAAUGUCAACUCAAUCACCCACUAGUUAAUCAGUACAGUCUGACACUGGGUCAGGACUUUGGUCAGCAUGACACAAAGUCUCUCAUCAAGUGCGUGGAAACGCUGUCGUUCAUUGUCCGUGACGCUGCUCAUAUCACACCCGACAACUUUGAGUUAUGUGUUCGAGCCAUCCGGGUAUUCGUGGAGGCCAGCCUCAAUGGAGGUUACCGUAACCAUGACAAGAAGAAAAACCACAAGUAUGACUCUGCUAAGUCCCGUUUGAGGAAAAAGGCUGGAGGCAAAGAGGAGGGCGGGAACGGCACAAGAAGAGGCGGAAGCCUGACUUCUAGCCACCGUCCAUCACGUUCCCGCAGUGAUGAUGAGGAAGAUGGUGUCCCGGCAGGUUACCACACGGUGUCAUUACAGGUUAGUCAGGAUCUGUUAGAUUUGAUGCACACUUUGCACACUCGGGCUGCCAGCAUUUACAGCUCUUGGGCAAAGGAACAGCAACAUUUGGAGGCUGCUGGUAAGAAGAUUGAAGCUGACUCACAGACCCUGUGGACAAGCUGCUGGUGCCCCCUGCUGCAAGGUAUUGCUUGGUUGUGCUGUGAUGCCAGACGACAGGUGCGCAUGCAGGCACUCACCUACCUUCAGAGGGCUCUGCUCGUUCACGAUCUGCAGACGCUAAAUGCUACGGAGUGGGAGUCCUGCUUCAAUAAGGUUCUUUUCCCACUGCUGACCAAGUUGCUGGACAACAUCAGUCCAGCUGAUGUUGGAGGAAUGGAAGAGACUAGAAUGAGAGCAUGCACCCUGCUGUCAAAGGUUUUCCUUCAGCACCUCCUACCUCUGUUGUCCCUGCCAACCUUUGCUGCCCUUUGGCUCACCAUCUUGGACUUCAUGGACAAGUACAUGCAUGCAGGAUCCAGUGACUUGUUGUUGGAGGCCAUCCCCGAGUCUCUGAAAAACAUGCUGCUGGUGAUGGACACAGCAGAGAUCUUCCACAGUGCAGAUUCCAAAACCAAAUACUCAGACCUGUGGGAAAUAACCUGGGAACGAAUUGACUGCUUCUUGCCUCACCUGAGAGAGGAACUUUUUAAACAAACUGUUUUACCAGAUCCAGCACCCAGUCCUACAUCAGAGGUUGUGCAGCCAAAUUCCUCAUCACAAGCAUCUACAAGUUCAACACUCCAACAAGAAGCAGCAUUGAUGUCUGCAAGUUGUGACUCACAAAGUAGCAGACCAGCUUCACCUCAAGAUAACCAAGCAGCCAAUGUUGCAGAGGCAUUGUCUCCUGUCCCCACAGCCAUGCUUCCUAUGCCUAUGCCUCGAGCAACACCUGAAGGCCAGGUCUCCUCACCUUUGAGCCAGUCUCCUCUCAUCAUCCAACCACUAGCCUCUCCUCUGCAGGUGGGGGUCCCGCCCAUGUCCCUGCCAAUCAUCCUCAAUCCCGCUCUCAUUGAGGCCACGUCUCCUGUACCGCUGCUCCCUGCUCCAAGACCGACAAGCCCUGCUGACCAAAUCCAGUAGUACCACUUCACUCAACACACAAUCUUCACUCUCGCAAAACAUUAUUGGUCCUCUGCACAUUGUACAAAGUCUAAUUAUUAAUGAGAUGUAUCAUUAGAUAUUACACUUACUAGCUUUGUCAGACACAAUACAUAGCUAAGAUAAUACCUUAGUAUAUAUUGAGCUACAUUUGGUUAUUUUUAGCAUCUUUAAUGUAUAAUAUGUAUCAAGGUAUUCACCAUACUUAAAUUUUUAUUUGAAGUCUGUAAGAAGUUCAACACAUUUGUUGAUGUUGGAGUGUUUAGCAGCGUGUGUGCUUUUGACUAGCAGGACUCACAAAUCAGGUUGAACGUGCUACUUCCUCCAUAAAGUCUACUUUUAAAUCAGUUGAUAGUCAUGAUGCUGCUUCACCUGUCGUCUUUGCGCAUGAAAAUGUUGAGAUUCCAUGAAGGGACAGUUAGUAACUUGCAUACUUAAAAGGUUUUCAGUAGCUCCUUUAGCUUUACAGCUUGGCAUCAACACAAACACACGCAUUGCAGCCAAGUGCAUUGCGAUCGCUUCUCCCCACUUACAUGUAUCAAACUUUCAUAGUAGAAAAACUUCAAAAUAAUUCACAAGUCAUAAUAAUGACAUUUAAUGCAUGCAAUCGCUCCUCUACACAUACAUUUUGCUAACUUUCAUAAUAGAGCAACUGCAAAAUAUUUCACAAAUCAAAAUAAUGACAUUUAAUGCAUGCCAUUGCUCCUCUUCCCUUACAUUUCGCUAACUUUCAUUAUAGAAAAAGUCUAAAAUAAUCCCCAGUCAAAAUAAAGAUAUUUAACAAAUGUGAUCACUACUCCCCAUUUCGAUUUCACAAACUAUUAAAAUAGAAUAAGUCCUAAAAAUUCCAAAAAGUCCAAAUGAAGAAAUGAAUGUGAUACCUCCUCCACAUGCAAUUUAGAUACAAAGUAAAUGUGAGCAGGCAGAAACAAGGUAUGUAAAUAAGAUAAUUAAGAUAAAAAAAUAGUUGAAUAAAAUAAUUCAUGUUUUAUUAAUUACUCGUGGUGCUAUGUAACAAAUUAAGAAUAAUAAUAAUACUUUAACAAUGGUGCAAACAAUGUUUGUGCAGCAUUGCCAUACAAGAUAAUAGGUUGAUGGUCUUACUCACAAAAAAAAUAAAGACCUUUUUCUUUGUUUUUUGUUGGGUCUUCCAAGAAAAGAUCACACCCUUGCAGGAGUUGUCGUUCUUUAAAACAUUCCACUUUGCAGAUAAAGUGCAGGAGUGAUAUUUUGAUUAUUAUAUUGUAUAUGUUGCAACACAAACACUUUCCCUGUUCAAGUGCAAAUUGUAUGGUGGAUAAGAUGGAGUUAUAUGAAAUGUGCUUCACAUUCAUAUUUAUAUGACACAUAACUAUUUCAUGUCAACUGAUUUGCAAAUUGACUUAACGUUACGUUGUGUAUAAGUAUGACAAUUUUUGUCUGGCGCAUCCUGAGUUGUUUGAUGUUAUUUAUUGAGGAAGAAGUCAUGGCCUACGUCUCCAUGACAACACAAACCGCUAAAGAGAUUAAACUUUUAUUAUGUUUAUUUUCUUGUUCAAAACUUGCUAUGGAGAUCAUGUUUGCUUUAUUCAAAAAUGUAUUGUGUACAUAAUAUAUACAUGACAGGUGAUGUACUUUUUACAGUGUAAUAAAAUCAUGUGACAAA